CGGUAAAGAGCACGUCGAGCGAGAAGGACGAGUCCGCCCGGCUACAGAUAUAUAUGUUUGCUUGUGGUGUCAUCAUUGCUGCGCAUUCUGAUUGGACAACACCACUGACAUGAACUUACUCACCAUUGGUCGAUCCGAUCAAGAGUUUCUCAACCAUUUCCGCCAUUUUUAGAUGUCAGAAUCGUCUCUUCUAGUCGAUACAGAGAUGUUAGUAAAGGGUCCAGUAAACUCACAUCCCUCACACCUUUCCUGUGUUAAAACAAUCCACCGUCACAACUAUUUUAUCUUUUGUUGUGAGUCAAAUACAGCAUUCAUGUUACACAUAAAUCCACCAGGAAUGUGCUCUUGCAUGUAUUUGAUUGCUGGAUGACGUUGAGCCCAGUUCAACUUUUUUACUGGACUACUGGACUGUUUUACUGGAGCUCUCUGUGUUGGCAACCCUGCUGCAUCAACACCUGUUCAAAUGAUGACAGCUACAUUGUGCGCGUCAAAGCGGUGGUGAUGACCAGAGACGACUCGAGCGGCGGCUGGCUGGCGCAGGACGGCUGCCUGAGCAGAGUGGGCGUGUGUAGGCUGCUGCCGACAGAACUGCUGGGACGCAACACUUUCCUCAUCCACGGAGAACGGCUCAAAGACAGACAGGUGAUUCUGGAGUGCGUCCUAAAGAAGGAUCUGGUCUACACGAAGGCCACGCCGACGUUCCACCACUGGAAGGUGGACAACAAAAAGUGUGGUCUGACCUUCCAGAGCCCAGCCGACGCCCGAGCCUUCGACCGCGGGGUGAGGAAGGCCCUGGAGGACCUGACAGAAGGGUCGACCACCUCCUCGUCAACGCUGCAGAACGAAGCGGAGCUCGGCGAUGACGACGUGUUCACGACCGCCACUGACAGCUCCUCCAACUCGUCCCAGAAGAGAGAGCCGACGAUGCACACGCUGGCCCCGCUCAACUUCUGCGAGCCCCGCCGACACCACCACUGCAUACUGGGACAUUUUUACGAGCAGCACCGGCCCUCGGAUCACUACUUCCUGGACCAGGCGGUGCACAUGUUCCCUCAUCACGUCAGCUUCCAGGUGGAGGAGGAGGAGAUCGUACGCAUCAACCCCCGCGAGCGCACUUGGCUCACCGGCUACGGGGACUACCGCCACGCCAACACCACACGAGACAAACUGUCACAGCCCGACAACCCCGACGCCUACGUGCACUUCACCAAGAGCGAGCCGCCCAAGCAGGACUACACGUACCCGUAUCCGCUGAGCUGCGAGGUGCAGCGAGGCUGCGACGGCAAACCGGGCUGCCUGGAGCUCGGCGGCGGCGGCGGUGGCGGCCACAGAGCGGUGGUGACGGUGCAGCCACGAGCCCUGCAGCCAAAAGGCAAGCGGCGGAAGGAGGAAGGUGAACGUUCGCGCUGUGUCUACUGUCAGGACAUGUUCAACCAUGACGACAACGGGCGGGGCCGCUGCCAGGAAGCACCUGACCCCAUUCAGACCUGCAUCCGGCGGGUCAGCUUCAUGUGGUGCGCGGACAGCCUGCUGUACCACUGCAUGUCGGACCCGGAGGGGGAUUAUUCGGACCCGUGCUCCUGCGACACCAGCGACGAGCGCUUCUGCCUGCGCUGGACGGCGCUGGUGGGUCUGUCGCUGCUGGCGCCCUGCAUGUGCUGCUACGCCCCGCUCAGAGCGUGCUACCGCUGCGGCGUGGCUUGCCACUGCUGCGGCGGGAAACACAAAGCUGUGGGCUGAGGCGUCGCAGGCCCCGCCCCUCCUCGCAGAGACAGCAAAGACUCAUGGGAGGAGGCGGGGAAACGGAAGGUCGCUGUGAUUUUUAUGUUGUUUUUUUUUUUGUUGUUGUUGUUGUUUGUCUCGUCUCUCCGAAUUCCAGAUGGAGGAGAAGAUUUGUCUCAGAUGGAAAAAAGUUCCCUGUUGGAUUUUUGUUUUUUUUUGUCUUUUGUGUCAUUGGGGACCAAACGGCUUCCAAAUCUCACAAAGACUGAACAAAGAAUAUUCAUUUCUAUAUAUAGUUAUAUAUAAAUAUAUAUAUAAUUAUAUAUAUAAACAGGUACUUUAUAUUUCUACACUCAUGUGUUUUAAAGGCUUGAAUAUGUCUUUUUUUUCAGCGUUGUGAGGUCAGUUUGUCGUGUUUCCAGAGCGAACCGCAGCUCACUGACACGCUGCAAAACAUUUAUAUCUGAACAAGAUAUUUUAGCGAAGAUUAUUAUUAUUAUUAUUAUUAUUAUUAUUACUAUUAUUAUUAUUAUUAUUAUUAUUGUUUCAGAAGAAAAAAAUCAAAGUUAAAGAUUCAACAUUUUUGGAAAUAUUUACUGUCUUUCUAAUUCUCAGACAGUCUGAGCUCAUGUCUGUGUGAUAAGUAAAGCUGUAAUGAUUAGUUGAUUAAUCGAUUAGCUACGGACUACUGAAUUAAUCGCCAAUUAUUUUGAUAAUCGAUUAAUCAUUUUGAGUCAUUUUUUAAUAAAAACAUGUCCAGAUUCUCAAAUCUUGAA